UCACAAGCUCCAAACAUUAUCCAUCAAGCAAAGGACCACCACUAGAUGAUCAACCAAAUAAUUAUAAAUAUACAUACAUAAAAGUUAUGUUAUGCCAUAGGAGCAUCAAUAUAUUAGACUCAUCACUCUAUAAGAAUUUUACAUUAUUAUUCUUAUUAUUGUUAUGACAUGGAUCCUCUCCAGCUUAAUUCUCUUCUUCUUCCAUUAUGUAUUUUCCUCUCUUUCUCUCUCCUAAUUUUGGGUCGUUUUGGAGGAAUGGAGGAACAUGAUGAUUGGAUAAAGAUUAAAAAUCCUAUAGAAAAACAAUUAUGGAAACCUUCAACAAGUUUAGUUAUGGAAGAUAAUGAAGAAAGAAGGCCUCUUAAAAUUAUAUUUAAAGAGGCAGCUCGAAAUUGGACAGAUGCUCUUCCUAUUGGUAAUGGUCGUUUUGGUGGUAUGAUUCAUGGUGGAGUUUCAUCUGAGAUUAUUAAUCUUAAUGAGGACACACUUUGGAGGGACAUCCCGGGAAACUACACAGAUCCAAACACUCCACGGGUAUUAGCAAAUGUAAGAAAGCUCGUGAAUAAUGGAAACUAUUCAGAAGCAACUGUUCUUGCAGACAAGGAUCUCUCUGGGGAUUCAUCUAGUGGUUACCAGCUUUUGGGUGAUCUCAUACUAGACUUUGAUGACCACAGUUCUGAACACAUAGAACAAUCAUACCAUAGAGAGCUAGAUCUGGAUACUGCUACUGUUACAGUGAAUUACUCCAUCGGCGACGUAAAGUUCACAAGGCAGCACUUUGCUUCGUAUCCUGAUCAAGUGAUCGUGACAAAGAUCUCGUCGAGCAAACCAGGUUCUCUCUCCUUCACUGCCUCUUUAGUUAGCAAAAUGGAUCACCAUUCCUACACUAAUGGCAAAAACCAGAUCAUUAUGGAAGGAAGUUGCAUCGGCUAUCCUAAAGGAAUCCAGUUUUCUUUGGUUCUCAAUCUGCAAAUUAUUGGAGAAAAUGGAAUGAUACAGAAUCUAGAGGGCAAGAAGUUAAGGGUUGAAAAUGCAGAUUCUGCCGUUAUUCUUUUAACAGCAUCAUCUUCAUUUGAUGGACCACUCAUCAAACCUUCAGAUUCCAAGAAAAACCCGACUUCAGAAGCUCUCAGUAGGAUAAAUUCGAUGGAUACAAUCUCGUACUCCGCUCUUUAUGACCGUCAUUUGAGUGAUUAUCAGAAACUGUUUCAUCGUGUUUCACUUCAGCUGUCAAAAAACAGCAAGACUGAUGAAAAAAUUUCUACAGCAGAGAGGGUAAAGUCAUUUCAAACAGAUCAAGAUCCAUCUUUGGUGGAGCUAUUGUUUCAGUACGGUCGGUAUUUGUUAAUUUCCAGUUCUCGGCCUGGAACUCAACCUGCAAAUCUACAAGGAAUAUGGAAUAAGGAUAUCUAUCCACCUUGGAGCUGUGCUCCUCAUCUGAAUAUCAAUCUUCAGAUGAACUACUGGCUUUCACUUUCUUGCAACCUUCAAGAAUUGCAAGAACCAUUGUUUGAUUACUUAUCUAUCCUCGCAAUCAAUGGGAAGAAAACCGCAAAUGUAAACUACAAAGCUACUGGGUGGGUUGCACACCAAGUGUCUGAUAUAUGGGCGAAAACUUCACCUGAUAGCGGGCAAGCAGUUUGGGCCUUGUGGCCUAUGGGGGGAGCUUGGCUUUCUACUCACUUAUGGGAACAUUAUACUUAUACAAUGGAUAAGAAUUUUCUAGAACACAAGGCGUACCCGUUACUAGAAGGAGCGGCUUCGUUUUUGUUAGACUGGUGGAUUAAGGGAAAAAAUGGUUUUUUACAAACUAACCCUUCAACUUCUCCUGAACAUAUGUUUACAGCUCCGGAUGGUAAGCCUGCGAGUGUGAGCUAUUCAUCGACCAUGGAUGUGGCAAUAACUAAAGAGGUAUUUGCCAUAGUUGUUUCUGCUGCUGAGGAAUUGGGAAGAACUGAAGAUGAUCUUGUCAGAAAUGUUGUGAAGGCUCAGGCAAAACUACCACCCUAUAGAAUCGCUAGAGAUGGUUCACUUAUGGAAUGGGCACAAGAUUUUGAGGACCCAGACCCACAUCAUAGACACGUGUCACACUUGUUUGGUAUAUUUCCGGGGAAUUCAAUAACUUUAAAUGAAAAUCCUGAUCUCUGCAAAGCUGCAAAUUACAGCCUUCACAAACGAGGAGAAGAUGGUCCUGGGUGGUCUACGGUGUGGAAAGCUGCACUCUGGGCACAUUUGGGUAGCAGUGAGCACGCGUAUCAGAUGGUCAAGCAUUUGUUUAAUUUGGUGGACCCUGAUCGUGAAGGCAGCUUCGAAGGAGGGGUUUAUAGUAAUUUGUUCGCAGCACACCCGCCUUUUCAAAUUGAUGCAAACUUCGGGUUUUCUGCUGCAAUAGCAGAAAUGCUUGUUCAGAGCACUGUGAAAGAUCUCUACUUGCUGCCAGCACUUCCAAGAGAUAAAUGGGCUAACGGUUGUGUCAAAGGAUUGAGGGCUCGGGGUGGUAUGACAGUCAAUAUAUGCUGGACUAACGGCGAUCUGCAUGCAGUCGGCCUUUGGUCAAAUGGACCAAAAUCUGUGAAGAGACUAAAUUAUAGAGGUCGAGCAAUGGUUGCAAAAAUCUUACCUGGUACAGUCUACACAUUUGAUAGGCAAUUGAAGUGUGUGAACACAGAAUCUCUCCUAUAGAUUCAAUCUUCCAUAAAUAGACAGAAAGGAAUUAAGCAUCCCUUAUAGCAGAGGCAUAAUUUUUUUACUGCUUCCUGUUGAUUCUUCGCAGGAAUGUCAGUUCCUCAUUCCUCAUUCUUAUGGUUCCCAAUUGUAACCAGCAUAAUGUAUGAUCAUUGAAAUAUAUAUUUAUUCUUUA